CCCACUUUUGGCUCUCCUACAGUCUCGUUUUCUUGAAUUCACUAAGACCAGUGUAAGAAGGUCACUAUGGCUUCAUACCUGCUUCUGACCGUUGCCACAUUGCAGGGGGUGAGGGCGUGGGGCACACUUGGGCAUGCGACGAUUGCAUACAUUGCCCAGAACUACGUGACGGACGAAGUUGCGUCGUGGGCGCAAGGCAUCCUUGAUGACGACUCAGACUCGUACCUCGCGAAUAUUGCUUCGUGGGCUGAUACUUACCGUGCGACGACUGCCGGCGCAUGGUCAGCGCCAUUCCACUUCAUCGAUGCCGAGGAUGACCCUCCGAGUGACUGCAAUGUCGAUUACGAAAGGGACUGUACCACAGCAGGAUGCUCUAUCUCCGCCAUCAGCAACUAUACCUCGCGAGUCACCGAGUCGAGCAUCGGAACCGAACAGAUUGCCGAGGCCUUGAAGUUCAUUGUCCACUUCGUGGGCGAUAUCACGCAGCCGCUUCACGACGAGGCUUACGAGGUCGGUGGUAACGAUAUCGCCGUUACGUACCAAGGAUACUCGGACAACCUGCACUCUGAUUGGGACACGUACAUGCCUGAGACCUUGGUGGGUGGCUACGCGCUGACCGAUGCCAAGAGCUGGGCGACCGACUUAAUCAAGGAGAUCGAUUCGGGUGAUUACAAGGCCUUGGCCGCUGAUUGGAUCUCCGGAGACGACACCUCCGAGGUCAUCGACACUGCCACGACCUGGGCAAGUGAUGCAAAUGCCUACGUCUGCACCGUCGUAAUGCCAAACGGCGCAGCAGCCCUCGAGGAUGCGAGCGACCUCUACCCUACAUAUUACGACAGUGUCAUCCCCACGAUCGAGCUUCAGAUCGCCAAGGGCGGCUACCGACUCGGAAACUGGCUGAACUUGAUUUACACCAACGACCUCAAGAAGCGUGAGAAUGGCGACGUUUCGAUCACGAAGAGGGAGGCGAGCACCCCAUUUGCCCUGCCUGCAAACAAGCCCAUGAGCAGGGCGCAGAUGGCAAGGGCCGAGUCUGGCUACAAGUGCAACCACAGCAAGAGGGAUGGCCACCACCAUCAUUAGAUCUCGCGGAGAUAUCACCUUCCCGAGACUACUACAAGACGGGCCACGGACCCAAGGACAGACACAGUUAUUCCUUCUGUAGGGAUGGCGAGGAAAGAGGACGCGGCCCGAAAUGUACUUAAAAUGGUGAAAGUCUUCACUUAUCAUCGGGAAGAAGCUGCGCAAUCUUAUUCAUCGUCUGUCGCCUUGACCAUAUCUUCUUUCCAAUCACGUUGAACAUCUUGUGCGAAACUAUCAUCUUGUAAGACCUUCCAUGCGACGGAGGCCAUGCCCUUAAAAGCACCGUGAAACCCGGGACACUCAUAACAGACAUCGCCCAUGUCCGUGGACCCAGCCAGGAAGUCGCUUGGUUCUGAUGGGUGUACCGUACCGGCGGGCAUGGC